AGCUAGAUGCACCUAACGGUCUCAAUCAGGCCUCGCCCAUCCGCCGCUGAGCUCAGCGGGAAAUGUUGCUGAACGGACUUCUGUCCCAAAGUCACACUAAGAUUGUAGACUCAAUGUGAAUGGUGGCCAAACUGGUGAUGGCCGCGUGCAUGCUUGCCGCCGUGUCUUGCCUUGGCUCUAUGCGUUAUUGGGGGCCAGAGCUAUACUCUGUAUUCUUCCUAGUUUGGGGGCUUGAUCAUCUGGUACGGAAACUUCUGCGGAACAUCAUCACGUCGGAUCAUGGGAGUAUGAUCGUCAGAUAUUCACUCGUUACUGUUACUAAGCCUUGGAUGGCGGAUUGGUGCAGCACAGGCACCGAAGGAUCGCUAGGUCGAGGACUCGAGGUAUGCCAUGAUCCAUCGAGGACUUUGGCUUUCGUUUCUCUCACAAUUAUCCUCCGCGUUUCCGAAGUAGCCCGUCGAGCCUGUCUAGCCGGACGUUGACGGUAGAGUUUGUCAAUGGACCCCGAGGUCGCGGGAGUCAACCCCCAAAUAGGCUCAUGCCGCUGUUGGAAGUCUUGUCAUGCGGG